UCUGUGUAAAUUUGAAAUAGGCUCGACGAACGGUCAGAAAGCUGCAGCUACAGCGGGUUUAUCAUUAUUAAUAAUUUUAAUCGUGAGCCGCUGAUUGCACACGGUUAGAGAGGAAUUGUUUUAUUGAUUUCGGCUAUCUGCGGCGGUGAUAUGAGAGUCAGUGAAGUCCAUGCAGCAGAGUCCGUUGCCUACCUGAACAGGGCUCUAGUCAGGCUGCAGGUUAUCUGGGAAGAAAUAGGGAUCCCUGAAGAACAGCGGCUGCGGAGAACCAACGAUGUUCAUAAGCACAUUAAAGGUUUGCUGGAUCUGAUGAUUGCUGAAGAGCAGGAACUAAAGCAGCGAUUACUAAAAACCAUCGAGUCAUGUCAAAAGGAGCUCAAUCUUUUGUGCAGUGAACUGCAGCUGCCCCCUUUUGAGGAUGAGGAAGGCUGCACAAUUCUGCAGAUGGAGAAGAGCUGCCGCACUCGUGUAGAAGUAAUGAAAGGGCACAAAAACCAGCGAAUGGAAGAGCUCAAAGGCCUCGCUGCCAAAGAUUGUGAGCUGUGUGACAUCAUGUGCACCACCCCCUUCAGCAUUGACCAGAACUCUGUCCCAUCAGUGAAACAGCUCGAGACCUAUCGUACCUACCUUGACGAUCUCAUGAAAGAGAAGGAGCAUCGUCAUGAUGAAUUUGUCAGCACCAAAAAGGAGAUCAUUGCUUUCAUGAAUGACCUGGAACAGAAUCCCGAGACUAGUUUCGAGAUGGAUGUGAUGUGUGAGGAUGAGGAUGCAUUUUGUCUGUCUAAUGACAACAUUGCUGCUCUGAAACUUCUUCUCAGUCAUUUACAACAACGCAAGGCAGAGAACGAGCUCCUUUGUUCAGGUUUCCGCACGAAGAUCCAGGAGUUGUGGGAAAGGCUUCAGGUUCCUCUAGAGGAAAGGGAACCCUUGUCUGAGCAUAUGGUCAACUCAAAGAAGAAAAACAUUGAGGCACUUCAAGCUGAGGUUCAACGUCUGGAGGUGCUGAAAAUGCACAGCAUGAAGAGUGUCAUCGAGUCCAUCAGAGUAGAGAUUGCUGUUUUGUGGAAGAAAUGCUUCUACAGCGAUGAGCAGCAGCAAGCCUUCACUGCAUAUCAUGAUGAGGAUUAUACUGAGGAGCUUCUGAACCUGCAUGAGGCUGAGGUCAGGUGCCUGAAGAAGUACUAUGAGGACCACAAGGAACUCUUUGAGGGAGUCACAAAGUGGCAGGACAACUGGAACUUGUACUUGGAACUAGAUAGAAAGGCUAAUGAUCCUUCAAGAUUUACCAACAGAGGUGGGAACCUCCUAAAAGAAGAAAAGCAAAGAGCCGAUCUCCAGAAAAGUUUACCUAAGUUGGAGAAGACUUUGAAGGUCCAGAUCGAUGGUUGGGAGCAGGAGCACAGCAAAGACUUCCUGGUGAACGGACAGAAAUUUCUUGAGUAUGUGCAGCAGCAGUGGAAAGAGCACCAUGAGGAAAAAGAGAGGGAGAAACUUGAAAGACAACUGAAGAAGACCAAACAAACACAAGAAGAUAUGCUGUAUGGAACAACGAUGAGAACUCCAUCUAAACGGCGGAUUGUAGGCACUCCCACGCCUGGAAAGAUAAGGAAGAUGACUGGCACCUCAACCAUCUCCACUCCAAACAGCUUCCUUCACACAGGCCUUGGUGGAACCGUGUGCCAGACCUCCACACUGAAACCACCUCUGUCUGCCAGCAAGAGUCUAGGCCUGCGAACCCCAGGACAUGGAAAGACGCCGCGCGCAAUAGACCGGAACAAGGAAAACCUCUCCCAUAUCAGAAACACUCCAUGUGGCACACCAAGGUCUCAGGAUACUCAAGAUCACACCUUCACCUUUAACUCUAUUGCCGGCUCCUAUUCGGAAUUUGCGAUGGACCUCACAAAGGCUGCUAAAUCGACUGUGAAGACAGGACUGCUGAACUCCACCAUCAGCCAUCAGUGACCGUUCAAAGCAGCACCAGGAGUCAGUCAUGUGGGUGGUGGUUAGGUGUUGAGGAUAAGAGGGAAACUUUAAAUGCUGACCUACAAAAAAAUGUAAAUGUUUUAUUUCUGUAAAUACUUUCACUCCUGUUCUAUGCAUUCAUUCCAGUGUUACUGCUGUUGUAUCCAUUUCUGGGCUAUUUGAUACUUAGUUUUAAGGUGCAGUCCUUUUGUUUUGUUUUUUUGUUUGUUUUUUUAACUGAAAUGUUUAACUGUUGGGUGCCAUUUUUAUUCUGGUACUUGUGGCAGUUAUUCAGUGCCCCCAUUAUGUUCUUCUUUCAGCUAGAAUGACAGCUACAUUUCCUUUUUUUUUUUUCUUGCUUUUAUAAUCAACUUGUAAAUAAAACUAUAGAAGGAAAAAAAAAAAAAAAAAAA